GAGGGAGGCUGGGUCUACAAUGGAUGUUGUUGCUGCACAAACAAAACCAAUUGCUGGCUGAAUGGAUCAAAUGGUUGUUUGUUUUACAAAGAAGAUCAAGGACUGGAGCAACGUAGUUGUUGCCUAUGAACCAGUUUGGGCUAUUGGAACUGGUAAAGUUGCCACCGUAGCUCAGGCUCAGGAAGUGCACGCCUCUCUGAGGGAUUGGCUAAAGACCAACGUCAGCCCUGAGGUUGCUGAAUCUACUAGGAUCUUCUACGGAGGCUCUGUAACUGCCGCGAACUGCAAAGAGCUAGCAGCACAGCCUGAUGUCGAUGGUUUUCUUGUCGGUGGAGCUUCUUUGAAGCCUGAGUUCAUCGACAUCAUCAACGCGGCCACCGUGAAGUCCGCUUAAGAUG